AUGGCCACUGGCCCACAGAGGACAAUUCGUCGACUGGUGUACGGUUGGCGAGCAGGGUCAGUGGAAGUGGGGAAACUGGAAAACUGGGCGAUUAUUCCAGGAGCACACUCAUCAGUAGGCCAGAAAGUACAAUUGCGUUGCACAUCAGUUUGGGUGUGCAAGGUCAGCAGCAAGGAGCAUCAAAACCUUUCAACCAAUUACCUUUCUUUGGGAUGUUCUGUGGGUGGCAAUCCUCCUACAAGUGGCAUCCUCGAGCAGCUGACUCUGGGGCUUGCUGUUCGAAGUGCAAAGGGUAUUACUAAUUACCUGAAUAUCCUUGCCCUCAACUUGAACCAAUGGUCGGAGACCCAACGCUUGAGUAGCGGCACUAAAAACCUCUGUUUAGCAUAUGCAAUCGCCGAAAAACCUGACCCUGCUCGCCAACCGUACUGGUGCGCCUUCAAGCGCCAAUUGGCGCUCUGUCAACGCUCGAUAAGUACGACGACGUCCACCAGGCUGGCCACCAAUCAGUCGCUUCGCAUCUUGAGACUUGGAAGGGUUGAUGGUUCCACAAAAGACUUCCAAAAUCUUUCCAUGGAGAUUCGAGAAACUAAUCCCCCUUUUCAAAACCGAAAGACGUAA